CUCCUCUCCAUCGUCGCCUCCCCCCGCAUUGGUAUCCCCUUGACACAUCACGCGCAGGUCCCUUCGCGCUAGUUGCUGUCCACAGAAGGAGGUUCUGAAGGAAGGGAAUCAUGCGGGGCGGGAGGCGAGUAUCCUCUCGUCCUUGGCUGCCGCCGCCACCGCCGCCUCCCCGCAAGCUGCGCUGAUUUCUCCCUGCUUGGCUGCGGCCGCUGUUUUUGCAGCCAUUUUGCACCAGCGGAGCCGGAGGCAGAGAGGGCUGCUGCGGCGGAGCAGAGACAUGGGCUAACAGCUGUUGCGGCACAGGAACCAGCACCAUGGUGAAGAGGAAAAGCUCAGAAGGCCAGGACCAGGAGAGCGGCCGAGGGGUUCCCUUGCCUAUCCAGACCUUCCUGUGGAGGCAAACCAGUGCAUUUUUGAGACCCAAAUUGGGAAAGCAAUAUGAAGCUUCUUGUGUGUCCUUUGAAAGAGUUUUGGUUGAAAACAAGCUGCAUGGUCUUUCACCAGCUCUUUCUGAAGCCAUCCAGAGCAUUUCACGCUGGGAAUUGGUUCAAGCUGCCUUACCACAUGUCCUUCACUGCACAGCCACUCUGCUUUCCAACCGAAACAAGUUAGGACAUCAGGACAAACUUGGUGUUGCUGAGACAAAACUCCUUCACACUCUACAUUGGAUGUUGCUAGAAGCACCUCAAGACUGCAGCCAUGACCACUUUGGAGGAUCAGGAGACAGAGGGUCAAGCUGGAGAGGAAGCAGCAGUGCCUUUAUCCACCAGAUUGAAAACCAAGAAUCUCCAGGGCAAUCAAGAUGUGACAGUACCAAUGAAGAAGAAGAGAACAGCAGAAGGAAGUUCUUUCAGAAUUCAAUGGCCACUGUUGAGCUUUUUGUGUUCUUGUUUGCUCCUCUGGUUCAUAGGAUUAAAGAAUCUGAUCUGACCUUUCGUCUUGCCAGUGGUCUUGUCAUUUGGCAGCCAAUGUGGGAACAUAGACAGCCAGAAGUCACUGCCUUUACUGCACUUGUUAAACCCAUCAGGAAUAUAAUCACAGCAAAGAGGAGUUCUCCAAUCAAAAACCAGGGUCUUACAUGUGAAUCACCUAAUUUGGAUGCUGAGCAUACAGAGAUAGUGUGUGAAUCAACAGAAUCAGACUCUGUUCCACCAAGACGAGCCUUUCUGGGCUGCCACCGUGGAAAUUCCAUUGAUGGAAGCAUCUCACCCCAAGGGUCCCAAGAGAAAGGAACCCCCUAUCCUCGAGUGUCUUUGGUGAUCCCACCAUGCCAAAGGUCCCGCUAUGCCACUUACUUUGAUGUUGCUGUAUUACGAUGCCUGCUUCAGCCACACUGGUCUGAGGAAGGCACACAAUGGUCCUUGAUGUAUUAUCUCCAGCGGCUGCGCCACAUGUUAGAAGAAAAGCCAGAGAAAUCAUUUGACCCAGAAAUCCCACCAUUGCCAAGGCCACGCAGUAGUUCCAUGGUGGCUGCUACUCCUUCAUUAGUCAAUACUCACAAAACACAGGAUCUCACAAUGAAAUGUAAUGAGGAAGAAAAAUCAUUAAGCACCGAAGCUUUUGCCAAAGUAUCCCUAACUAACCUGAGGAGACCAGCAGUUCCCGAUCUCUCCUCUGAUUUGGGAAUGAAUAUAUUUAAAAAGUUCAAGAGUCGUAAGGAGGAUCGUGAACGCAAGGGCUCUAUUCCUUUCCACCACACAGGGAAGAAAAGGCAACGUCGAAUGGGAGUGCCCUUCCUGCUCCAUGAAGACCAUUUGGAUGUAUCACCUACUCGAAGCACAUUCUCUUUUGGCAGCUUCUCUGGGAUUGGUGAAGACAGGCGUGGCAUUGAGAGAGGAGGGUGGCAAACCACUAUUCUAGGGAGAUUUACAAGACGGGGCAGCUCUGAUACAGCUACUGAGAUGGAAAGUCUGAGUGCUCGGCAUUCUCAUUCCCAUCAUACUUUGGUUACUGACCUGCCAGAUCACUCCAACAGCCAUGUACGUUCCCAAAUUUCCACCAUCACGGUGGCCACCUUCAAUACCACGCUGGCCUCUUUCAAUGUGGGCUAUGCUGAUUUCUUCAGUGAGCACAUGCGCAAGCUCUGCAACCAGGUGCCCAUACCAGAAAUGCCCCAUGAGCCCCUGGCAUGUGCCAAUCUCCCUCGAAGUCUGACCGAUUCUUGCAUCAACUAUAGUUGCCUGGAAGAUACAGAUCACAUAGAUGGGACCAGCAACUUUGUCCACAAGAAUGGCAUGCUGGAUCUUUCGGUGGUUCUUAAAGCAGUUUACUUGGUCUUGAAUCAUGACAUCAGCUCCCGAAUCUGUGAUGUGGCCCUCAAUAUUGUGGAAUGUCUGCUUCAGCUUGGUGUGGUACCCUGUGUGGAGAAGGUCAGAAGGAAAAGUGAGAAUAAGGAGAAUGAGACCAAUGAAAAGAGACCAAGUGAAACUUCCUUUCAACUCAAGGGGGCUUUGACUACCUCAGCGUCUGGAUUUGGGACUGCUGCAAUAACUGGAACAGGAGAUGGCAGUGGAGAAGGUGGAGGAGGAGUUGGAAGUGCUGCUGGAGGAGGAGGAGGAAGUGGUGGAGGAGAUGGAGGAGGUGGUGGUGGAGGAGGAGGAGGAGGAGGAGGGGGAGAAGGUGGAGGAAGAUCCUUUGAAAAGAAUGAUAAAAAGGAAGACAAGGAUGAAAAUACUCCAGUAAGCACUCAUAGGCUGGCUCUGACAAUGCUGAUAAAAAUUGUGAAGUCUCUGGGCUGUGCAUAUGGCUGUGGAGAAGGUCACCGAGGACUCUCUGGAGAUCGUCUGAGACAUCAGGCUCAGAAUUGCCUUACAAAGUUAUAUAAACUGGAUAAGAUGCAGUUUCGUCAGACAAUGAGAGAUUAUGUGAAUAAAGAUUCAUUGAACAACGUGGUGGAUUUUUUACAUGCUUUGCUAGGAUUUUGCAUGGAACCAGUUACUGACAACAAGGCUGGUUUUGGAAAUAACUUUACUACCAUGGACAACAAAUCUACAGCCCAAAGUAUUGAGGGCAUUAUUGUCAGUGCUAUGUUUAAAUCUCUGAUCACUCGCUGUGCCUCUACUACGCACGAGCUCCAUAGUCCUGAGAAUCUGGGUCUGUACUGUGACAUCCGACAAUUGGUACAGUUUAUCAAGGAGGCUCAUGGAAAUGUUUUCAGAAGAGUAGCUCUUAGUGCUCUUUUGGACAGUGCAGAAAAGUUGAUUCCAGGAAGAAAAACAGAAGAAAAUACUGAACAAGAACCCAAACCACCAGGGAGUAAAAAAUCUGAAGUAGGAAGUGUUGUUAUUGAUAAAGGACAGCUGUCUUCUGGUCCUGAUGAAUGUCGUGGCUAUAUCUCAGGCCGUCCAAUACAAACUCCUGAGCAUGAUGAACAAAUGCAAGGAGCAGCCUUAGGCCGCAAGGAUUUCUGGCGGAAAAUGUUUAAAUCUCAGAGUGCAGCUAGCGAUACCAGCAGCCAGUCGGAGCCAGACACUUCCGAAUGCACAACUGCACACUCAGGAACGACCACAGAGAGGCGCUCCCGCUCCCGCUCCAGACGGAUCUCCCUGAGAAAGAAACUCAAACUCCCACUAGGGAACUGGCUGAAACGUUCAUCAAUUUCUGGUCUGGCAGAUGGUGUAGAAGAUCUUCUGGAUAUUAGCUCUGUGGAUCGUCUCUCUUUCAUCAGGCAGAGCUCCAGGGUGAAAUUUACUAGUGCAGUGAAGUUAGCAGAAGGUGGGCCUGGAAGUGGCAUGGAAAAUGGGCGUGAAGAAGAGGAUAAUUUCUUCAAGCGUCUUGGUAAAUGGCGCACCUGCCGAAGACAUCCAUCCAGGCUUCAUCACACAGAAGAAAAAGAUGGUUGCCAGACUUAUGAAGAUCAUCUGGCUUCCAACCAAGAGGGAAACAAAUGCAAGAACGUGGUGAAUUUGGGAGCCAUUCGACAAGGCAUGAAGCGGUUUCAAUUUCUCUUAAACUGCUGUGAACCAGGAACAAUCCCUGAUGCUUCUAUUCUUGCAGCUGCUCUUGAUCUUGAGGCACCAGUGGUGGCAAGGGCGGCCCUUUUCUUGGAAUGUGCUCGCUUUGUGCACCGCUGCAACCGGGGCAACUGGCCAGAAUGGAUGAAGGGGCAUCAUGUGAAUAUUACUAAGAAAGGCCUUUCUCGUGGGCGCUCUCCAAUCGUGGGAAAUAAACGAAACCAGAAGUUACAGUGGAGUGCAGCCAAGCUCUUCUACCAGUGGGGGGAAGCAAUUGGAGUCCGUCUCAAUGAACUUUGCCAUUCUGAGAGUGAGAGUCCGGCCAAUCUGCUGGGCCUCAUUUAUGAUGAGGAGACCAAGAGGAGGCUGAGAAAGGAGGAUGAGGAAGAAGACUUUUUAGAUGACAGUAAGGAGACUCCCUUUACUACAAGAACCCCCACUUGUACAGUAAAUCCCACCAAAUGUUGUUGUCCUUUUGCUUUGAAGAUGGCAGCAUGUCAGCUUCUUCUAGAGAUCACCACUUUUCUUCGAGAGACCUUUCCCUACAUGCCCAGGCCACGUACUGAACCGCUUGUGGAUCUGGAGAGUUGCAGGUUGCGUUUGGACCCUGAGAUGGAUCGACACAGGUAUGAGAGGAAGAUCAGCUUUGCUGGGGUUUUGGAUGAAAAUGAAGAUUCAAAAGAUUCCUUACACAGCAGCAGUCAUACCUUGAAGUCUGAUACAGGUUGUGAAGAGAAGAAAGUUCCCAGCAGGAAGAUCAGGAUAGGAGGCUCCCGCUUGCUCCAGAUUAAAGGAACCCGCAGUUUCCGGGUGAAGAGAGGGGGUUCCCUGUCCAGCAUUCGCCGGGCCGGCAGCCUAAAGAGCACCAAGUUAUCCCGUCAGGACUCAGAGUCUGAGAAUGAGGAGCUGCAGCUGUCCCACAGCAGGGACACUGUCACUGACAUAGAAGGAAGCCCUUGGAGUGCAAGUGAACCUAGUAUAGAACCUGAAGUGCUCAGCAGCACUGGAACAGAAGAUAACUAUCACCGGAAUAUGACGUGGCUACAUGUGAUGAUCCUGCUGUGCAACCAGCAGAGUUUCAUUUGUACCCAUAUUGAUUACUGCCACCCUCACUGCUACCUCCACCACAGUCGUUCAUGUGCGCGCCUUGUCCGGGCGAUCAAACUUUUGUAUGGAGACACUGUGGAUUCACUUAAAGAAAAUAACUUAUUAAAUGGUGUGGCCAGAGGCAAAAAACAAAAAGAGUGUUCAGAUAAGUCAUGCCUCAGAACACCCUCCCUGAAGAAAAGAGUGUUGGAUUCUAAUCUUGAAGGAAAAAAAGACUCUGGAAUGUUGAAAUACAUAAGGCAUCAGGUGAUGAGCCUGUCUCCAGCACCACUUUCACUGUUAAUCAAGGCAGCUCCCAUCCUCACAGAAGAGAUGUAUGGGGACAUCCAGCCUGCAGCAUGGGAGUUGUUGCUCAGUAUGGAUGAACAUAUGGCUGGUGCAGCAGCUGCCAUGUUCCUUUUAUGUGCUGUGAAAGUCCCAGAGGCAGUUUCAGAUAUGCUGAUGUCUGAAUUUCAUCACUCGGAGGCAGUGCAAAGACUGAAUGCCAUUCUCAAGUUCCACACCCUCUGGAGAUUUAGAUAUCAAGUAUGGCCUCGCAUGGAGGAAGGUGCUCAACAAAUCUUUAAGAUUCCUCCACCAAGUAUUAACUUCACCCUGCCCUCUCCAGUGCUUGGAAUGCCGUCUGUCCCCAUGUUUGACCCUCCAUGGGUUCCCCAGUGCAGUGGGAGUGUGCAGGAUCCCAUCAAUGAAGAUCAGUCUAAGUCAUUUUCAGCCCGGGCAGUAUCACGCUCUCAUCAACGAGCAGAACACAUUCUGAAGAACCUGCAACAGGAAGAGGAGAAGAAACGUCUGGGCCGAGAAGCUAGUCUCAUCACUGCCAUACCUAUCACCCAGGAAGCUUGCUAUGAACCCAGUUGUUCCACAAGCUUAGAGCAGGAGGAAGAAGUAGAAGAAAUCACCAACCUGGCAUCACGCCGUCUGUCUGUGAGUCCAUCAUGUACUUCCAGUACAUCACAUAGAAACUAUUCUUUUCGACGUGGGUCAGUUUGGUCAGUGCGUUCAGCAGUCAGUGCUGAAGAUGAAGAGCAUACAACAGAGCACACACCAAAUCAUCAUGUGCCACAGCCCCCACAGGCAGUGUUUCCUGCAUGCAUUUGUGCAGCUGUACUUCCCAUUGUUCACUUGAUGGAAGAUGGAGAAGUUCGGGAAGAUGGAGUAGCAGUGAGUGCAGUGGCUCAACAAGUCUUGUGGAACUGUCUCAUUGAAGAUCCGUCCACAGUUCUUCGACAUUUCCUGGAGAAACUCACUAUCAGUAAUCGGCAGGAUGAAUUGAUGUAUAUGCUGAGGAAACUUUUAUUGAAUAUUGGAGACUUUCCUGCUCAGACAUCCCAUAUCCUCUUCAACUACUUGGUGGGGCUGAUCAUGUAUUUUGUGCGCACACCAUGUGAAUGGGGCAUGGAUGCAAUUUCAGCCACUCUGACCUUUCUUUGGGAAGUGGUGGGCUAUGUAGAAGGACUGUUCUUCAAGGAUCUCAAACAAACUAUGAAGAAGGAACAAUGUGAAGUGAAGCUUCUGGUUACUGCCUCAAUGCCAGGUACCAAGACCCUAGUAGUUCAUGGGCAGAAUGAAUGUGAUAUCCCAACUCAGCUACCAGUCCAUGAAGACACCCAGUUUGAAGCUCUUUUAAAGGAGUGUCUGGAAUUUUUUAACAUACCUGAAUCCCAGUCUUCCAACUAUUUUUUAAUGGAUAAGCGGUGGAAUCUUAUUCAUUAUAAUAAGACCUAUGUCCGUGACAUUUACCCAUUUCGUAGAUCAGUAUCUCCACAACUGAAUCUGGUACACAUGCAUCCAGAAAGGGGGCAAGAACUCAUUCAAAAACAGGUAUUUACCCGUAAAUUAGAAGAAGUGGGUCGAGUGUUGUUUCUCAUUUCUUUGACUCAGAAGAUUCCUGUGGCUCACAAGCAGUCCCAUGUGUCUUUGUUGCAAGAAGACCUUCUUCGCUUGCCUUCAUUUCCACGUAGUGCCAUUGAUGCAGAAUUUUCACUCUUCAAUGAUCCACAAGCUGGCAAGGAACUGUUUGGUCUGGAUACACUUCAGAAAAGCCUAUGGAUUAAAUUGCUAGAAGAGAUGUUUCUGGGAAUGCCCAGUGAAUUCCCUUGGGGGGAUGAAAUUAUGCUGUUCCUGAAUGUAUUUAAUGGAGCCCUGAUCUUACAUCCAGAGGACAGCGCAUUGUUGAGGCAGUAUGCUGCUACUGUAAUCAACACAGCUGUACACUUCAACCACCUCUUCUCUCUCAGUGGUUACCAGUGGAUCCUUCCCACUAUGCUGCAGGUAUACGCUGACUAUGAGAGUAAUCCACAGCUCCGUCAAGCAAUUGAAUUCGCCUGCCGUCAGUUUUACAUUCUACAUCGUAAGCCUUUUGUGCUGCAAUUGUUUGCUAGUGUUGCUCCACUUCUGGAAUUUCCUGAUGCUGCAUACAAUGGACCCAGCAAGGGAGUGUCUGCUCAGUGCCUGUUUGAUCUCCUACAGUCCUUAGAAGGAGAUACUUCUGACAACCUAGAUAUUCUAGAAUUGGUAAAAGCAGAGAAGCCCCUGAAAUCACUAGAUUUCUGUUAUGGCAAUGAGGACCUGACAUUUUCAAUCAGUGAAGCCAUCAAGUUAUGUGUAACAGUUGUGGCAUAUGCACCUGAGUCUUUCAGAAGUCUUCAGAUGCUGAUGGUCCUUGAAGCUCUAGUGCCCUGCUAUUUGCAGAAACUUAAGAGGCAAACCUCCCAAGUGGAAACCGUGACAGCUGCUCGAGAAGAGAUUGCUGCUACAGCUGCUCUUGCAACAUCCUUGCAAGCACUUUUGUACAGUGUGGAAGUUCUUACUCGGCCAAUGACUGCACCUCAGAUGAGUCGCUGUGAUCAAGGCCAUAAAGGAACCACUUCUGCUAACCAUACUAUGUCAGCUGGAACAAAUACCAGGUAUCCAGAGCAAGGAGCCAAACUGCAUUUUAUCAGAGAAAAUCUUCAUUUGCUAGAGGAAGGCCAAGGCAUCCAGCGGGAGGAGCUGGAUGAACGGAUUGCUAGAGAAGAGUUUCGGCGACCUCGUGAGUCCCUACUGAAUAUAUGCACUGAGUUCUACAAACACUGUGGCCCCCGACUGAAGAUCUUACAGAACCUGGCUGGAGAGCCCAGGGUGACUUCUUUAGAGCUGCUGGAUGUUAAGUCUCAUAUGAGAUUGGCAGAGAUUGCACAUUCCCUUUUGAAGCUGGCACCUUAUGAUACCCAAACAAUGGAGAGCCGAGGGCUCCGCCGGUACAUCAUGGAAAUGCUGCCCAUCACUGACUGGACAGCUGAGGCAGUGAGGCCUGCCCUUAUCCUCAUCUUGAAAAGACUGGAUCGUAUGUUCAAUAAAAUUCACAAGAUGCCUACUUUGAGGAGACAGGUUGAAUGGGAGCCUGCCAGCAAUUUGAUUGAAGGGGUUUGUUUGACACUUCAGAGGCAGCCAAUCAUAUCCUUCCUGCCUCAUCUUAGGUCACUGAUCAAUGUCUGUGUCAAUUUGGUGAUGGGAGUAGUAGGACCUUCCAGUGUGGCUGAUGGAUUACCCCUUCUUCAUCUCAGCCCUUAUCUCUCGCCACCUCUACCCUUCAGCACAGCUGUUGUCCGGCUUGUAGCAUUGCAGAUUCAGGCUUUAAAAGAAGAUUUUCCCUUAAGCCAUGUGAUCUCCCCAUUCACCAAUCAGGAGAGAAGGGAAGGAAUGCUUUUAAAUCUACUGAUUCCAUUUGUGCUCACAGUAGGAUCAGGAAGCAAAGACAGCCCUUGGCUGGAGCAGCCUGAAGUUCUCCUGCUGCUCCAGACAGUCAUUAACAUUUUACUGCCACCUCGCAUUAUUAGCACUUCACGUAGUAAGAACUUCAUGCUGGAGAGCUCCCCUGCCCACUGCUCCACUCCAGGAGAUGCAGGAAAGGACCUGCGUAAGGAAGGGCUAGCUGAAUCCACUAGUCAAGCAGCCUACUUGGCUUUGAAGGUGAUCCUUGUUUGUUUUGAGCGGCAGCUUGGUAGCCAAUGGUAUUGGCUGAGUCUGCAAGUCAAAGAAAUGGCUUUGCGAAAAGUUGGAGGGCUGGCCCUAUGGGACUUCCUGGAUUUUAUUGUACGCACUCGAAUUCCUAUUUUUGUACUUCUUCGACCCUUUAUUCAAUGCAAGUUGCUAGCCCAGCCAGCUGAGAAUCACGAGGAACUGACUGCCCGACAACACAUUGCUGACCAGCUAGAGCGGCGCUUCAUCCCCCGCCCUCUCUGUAAGAGCUCUCUCAUUGCAGAAUUCAAUAAUGAACUGAAGAUCCUCAAAGAGGCUGUGCAUAGUGGAUCAGCUUACCAAGGGAAGACCUCCAUCAGCACUGUGGGAACCUCCACCUCUGCUUAUCGACUGAGCCUUGCCACUAUGUCCCGCUCCAAUACUGGCACUGGAACUGUUUGGGAACAGGAUAGUGAGCCUUCUCAGCAAGCCUCCCAGGAUACUUUAAGCAGAACAGAUGAAGAAGAUGAGGAAAAUGAUUCAGUGAGCAUGCCCAGUGUGGUAAGUGAACAGGAAGCAUACCUUAUGGGUACCAUUGGGAGGAGGCGAUUCUCCAGCCAUCUCUCCAGCAUAUCUGCACCUCAGCCUGAAGUGGGGAUGUUACCCAGUCAAAGUGAACCCAAUGUCCUCGAUGACUCCCAGGGCCUGGCCGCUGAGGGCAGCCUCUCUAGGGUAGCAAGUGUGCAGAGUGAACCUGGACACCACAAUCUCCUUCUUCAGCAACCAUUAGGGAGAAAAAGAGGUCUAAGACAGCUAAGGAGGCCUCUUUUAUCACGCCAGAAAACCCAAACUGAACCUCACAGCCAUCACGGAGCACGACUUUCAACAACACGUAGAAGCAUACAGCCCAAAACAAAACCAACUGUGGAUCAAAAACGAUCUGUAACCUUCACUGAAGCUCAGUCAGAGGCAUCAUCUUCAAAAUCUGAUCCUACACCUAUUACAGCCCAGCAGCUACAAUGCAGCAAAAGGAACAGCCCUACAGAAGGUAGCAAGCAAGCAACCAAUAAAUCUGUUGUGAAGUCAUCACCUACUAUUAUUGUGGCAGAUCUCCAUAGUCAAAUCUCUUCUUACCAGCCCACCUUUUCUUCAGGAGCUCAAGGAAGUAUACAUGGCUCCAUCCUAUCAGCACAACAGCCCUGUGAGAUUGAGACACUUGCUACUGGAAAGGAUACAAAAAAGGAGGGUGAUUCAGAAGAAAAGCCAGCACUUGCUCAUAGUACUUCUCCAACUACACAACUUUCUGAUGCUGAGGACUUCACAGGCUUAGAAACAACCAGUUUAUUGCAGCAUGAAGAUACUGUGCUUCAUAUAAGUGAAGACAAUGGGAUGGAGAAUCCUCUUCUUUCCAGGCAGUUCAAUUUCACACAAGUUGAGAUGGGACAAACUGAUGUUGGCCUGGAUGAAUCACAUGUUUGACUUGAAAGAAACAUAAGUACAGUAGAGGAAGGAGAGACUUUCCUCUAAUCGUCAUAGCUCUCUAUAAGUAAUGUAAGUAAAGAAAGAGCACUUUAUAAACAAUGAGAGAUAUCUCAUAUUCUGUUGGCGGGUUAAUAUAUUUCAUAAUUCGUAAGUUAUGCCUUUGGAAGAUCUAGUUAAGACUCAGGACACAUGUAAGAUUGAGGAAUAACUUGGAAUGUUCUUAGACACAGAACUUAAUCAUGACAUAGGAAUCUUCUGCUUCUUAGACUCUCCAAUAAAAUAUUACAUUAAACAUGACAGGCAGAAAAUGAGUAUGAUCUUUUAGAAGGCAGGCCACCUUAAUAUCUUAAAGUUUAUUUUUGUAGUCUCAGAUGGGAAACAGAUAUACAGAGUAUAUUUAUCACAAACAUUAAUAGCAAUCAUGCUACAGGAAAAUUUCAUGACUAUAUAUUUCAAUCAACAUAGGACACAAUUUAUUUUCACACCUAUAUAAGUUUGCAGGUGUUUGUGAAUCUGUGAAAAAACAACAUAUAUGCAUUAUGUCUCUGAACUACCGUAUAUAUCCAAUGGAUGAUUUGCAAUCUAAAUGAAUAUGAAUGUAAUCAUUAAUGUUCAAAUAAAUAAUAACCUUUAUAUUAUGAUGUCAUGUUGCUAUAAAUUAAUUUUAUUUAGUUAAUAUUUAAAGGGUUCUAAAUUGGAUGUAGUAUCAGCCAUACAUAUAGCCUACAUAUAGCCUAUCGUAAGAAGCAAAAUGUUAAUUAUAUAUAUUUCAUUACUAUAUGUGCAUUUAUACAUAUAUUGAUAUAGCUGAAUACAGUUCUGUUGAAAACUUCUAGAGUUGAGGGAGAAGUUUGUUUUUUUUUUAGAUAGGGCAUGCAUUUUCUAGCAUGCAUGGUCCAAUUUUGGUUGUCUUCUUUGAAAUGACCUUGAAAACAGAUAAUAGAAUAACAGAGUUGGAAAGGACCUUGGAGGUUUUCUAGUCCAGAUAAAGUGACAUAAGCAACUCCUUCCAUCAAAUGUGUGAGGUCCAUCAAUCCAGCUAUAUGUACUUUUCAUGGGGUGCAAAAAAAACCCCAAAACAGACCCAUGCUGGGUGUGAGUCAUUCCAAUUCUGGGAGAGGGAAAGAUUGAUGUUGUGGCUACUAUAUCUUUUUUUGACAAUUUUUAACAAUAGGAAUGUUUUUACUAAAUUCUGUUCUGAAAGCAAUCUAAACAAAGAGGAUGUGUGUCAGUCUUGACAGCACAUUUAACAUACUUAGAAUGUAUAGUGCCUCAGAUUUAAUUUGGAACACACAGAAGCAUGAAUGCAUGGGAUCAUUAAUAUAGCACUGUCUGUGCUUCAUUAAAGCAGCUGCAUGUUUUUAUAAAAAUAGUUAAAUGGCUGCUUUAAUAGACAGAUGCCAUAUUUACAUUCUCACAUAUUCUCAAAUGCCUCUUCUACACUGAAUCUGAAACUCCACACAGCCUUAGUGUGUUUUAAAUAGUGCUCUGGAUAGCAUACAUGCUGCUAUAUGGAAGAAUGAAACAUGUCAUGAUCCAGUAGAAUGGGCUUUUUUCUUGCCUUUUCAAAUAAUUUAUUUUCACUAGGAAAAAUGGGAAUGUACUAUAUUAAAUGAAAACUAACAAGAUGAAUGUUGAUUCUACUAUUAAAACAGUCAAAAGGAAAUGGGCAGAGGCUAUGCAAUACUGAGGAAUAAACACACUAAAGACUUUUCACCUAAACAUCCUCCAAAGCUCUAGAAAUCUCUCUUGGGUACUGUAGAAGGUACAUCUCAUAUAUGUAUGAAUGCACAGAACACAAAUAAGACACAUUGAAAAUCACAUUUUAGGAACAAUAAUGACUGUGAAUCUCUCUAUCAAAGUCAGUUAUUACAUUUCAUUUUUAGUGUGACCCAGAGUAAAGUACUGAAUCCAUUUUAGCAAGCCAUAAUAAAAACCUCAAAAAUAUGCCUAUUGUAAUUUUGUUUAAGUUGCAUUUUAAAAUUACAUGUUAUUUUUUAAAAAAACAUUUUUAAAAAAUAGCCUAAAAUAGCUAUGACUGCUCAAGCAAUUUACUGUGAUACAAGCAUAUGUUUUUCUUGUGUGUUUCUUUUAGUUGCAUUGUACUAACUAAAGGCACAUAGAAUUGUACUCUUAACAAGAAUUUAUUGCUUUCUUCCAUUGCUAUAUUGAUAAGUAAUAAGUAUGUAUCUGCUGUGAAGAAACUUAAUUUUGCUUAGUGUUAGAGGCCUUAUGUGUGAAUAGUGUUGUUUUUAAAAAAUGUCUGUGUUGUUUUAGAUUUUUAUAUUAAAAUAUUGGCAUUAUUAAAAUGUCCCUUUCUAAAAAACAUGUGAUACCAAGUUAUGAAAUUACAGCCAUACUCCCAAGUUUCCUGUAAAUUCCUCCUUCAACAUGUGCCUCCCAAUAUUUUUUCAAGCAGUUCCCAAUCCUUGUCCAGUUUUAUAGAAAGGGAACAUUAUUGUCUUGCUAAUCUAUAUGAUUGCAGCAUUUAUAUGUGUGUUUUUCUUACCGUGACCAUAGCUGUGUUGAAUGUUGCAGUAUUCAUGUUUAUAUGUACAUGCAUAAGAAUGCCAUCAGAUACGUUUGAAGAAUGCUGCUGUAGGAUUCCCUAGAAAUAUUAAAGCUUGGUUUGAUUAUAACUUCUGUAGAAUUUUAGUUUUAAAAUUAAGAAUUGACAUUCAAAAAUAUAAAUUAGUACUAUCUUCAGAAACAAGUCAUUUUAAAUUUCCAAAACAGCUUUCUCUGCAAAAGUUUCAAUUUAGUGAAUACUUCGAUUGCCAAAGAAAUUCUGAUUUAAAAAUAUCAAGGGAUAAGGUAUAAAAUGUUUAGAUUGUUUAUAGCAGCAAUCAAUAUGGUUAAUAAAUGAUCUCAGGAUAAUCAGAGGAAUGUUAUCUUUGCAUUGAUAUAUGCUAUAUUUAAGUGAAAGAAGGGCUAUUUUGCCAUAUUAACUAUUGAAAAAUAUAUUGAAAUUGAAAAAAUAUUUAUUUAUAUGAACCUUAAAAUCAAUCUGUACACAUUAAAGCUAAUUUUUAAUUACAAAUGGAAAUGAAACCCCACCUGAAAGUUAAAUAAAAUUGUUUAAAAUUGAGAUCAAAAGAUAUAGAAUUAAAAUGUUAAUAGAUCUGUAAAGUGCAUCAGAUGACCAAAGAUGAAGGGUAAAAUAAACUAUAGAAAUGUUUGAAUUAAGUUUAUGAAAGAGAUUAAAAUAGUUUGUUUGAAAAUGCAUAAAUAAAUUGUCUACAAAUACA